ACACCCGAUGUCGUCCCACAUAUAAAACUUUCCCUUCCUGUAUAAGACUCGCACGACUACCACCGCAGAUAAAAAUUCGAAUCCCCGAGAGGGAACGCCACGCCUCGCCGCUGGAAUUCACUGAGCGAGGGCGAGAGAGGGAGGGAGAGAGAGAGAAAGAGGGGACUGAAUGGCGGAGGAGCAGAGCAUGGAGCAGUUCAAGGGCCAGCCGCGACUGCCCGAAUUCGCCGCCCCCCGGUGCUACGAUCUCUUCCUCAAGCCCGACCUUUCCGCCUGUACCUUCGCCGGCGCCGCUGAGGUCACCGUCGACGUCGUCGCCGCCACGAGGUUCCUCGUCCUCAAUGCCGCCGACCUCGCCGUUGACCAUGCCUCCAUUUCUUUCAAGAACCAAGAAUCGUCUGAGGAGCUCCGCCCUUUCGAGAUCGUUGAGGUGCAAGAAGAUGAGAUCUUGGUGUUGGGGUUUGAUAGAGUUCUUCCUUUGGGGAAGGCAGUUCUUAGAAUUCGGUUCACCGGAACCCUAAAUGAUCAGAUGAAGGGGUUCUAUAGAAGUGUAUAUGAGUACAAUGGGGAGAAGAGAAAUAUGGCGGUUACUCAGUUUGAGGCUGCUGAUGCCAGGCGAUGUUUUCCUUGCUGGGAUGAACCUGCUUUUAAGGCUACAUUCAGGAUAAAAUUAGAAGUGCCAUCUGAGCUGGUGGCAUUGUCCAAUAUGCCAGUAAUUGAAGAAAAAAAUGAUGGGCCUCUCAAGACUCUGUCUUUCCAGGAAUCACCAAUUAUGUCAACUUAUUUGGUGGCUGUUGUUGUUGGUUUGUUUGAUUAUAUAGAAGCAUUUACACUAGAUGGAAUCAGGGUUCGUGUGUAUUGUCAGGUUGGUAAGAGCAACCAAGGAAAAUUUGCUUUGGAUGUUGCUGUGAAGACACUGGAUUUGUACAAAGAAUAUUUUGUGGUGCCUUAUCCACUUCCCAAAUUGGAUAUGGUUGCUAUUCCUGAUUUUGCUUCUGGAGCUAUGGAGAACUAUGGAUUGGUUACAUAUCGCGAAAAGUCUUUGCUUUAUGAUGAACGCUACUCUUCAGCCUCGAGCAAACAAUGGGUGGCAAUUACUGUAACACAUGAAUUGGCUCAUCAGUGGUUUGGAAAUCUUGUGACAAUGGAAUGGUGGACACAUUUGUGGCUCAACGAGGGAUUUGCAUCAUGGAUGAGCUAUUUAGCAGCAGAUUCCUUAUUUCCUGAAUGGAACAUUUGGACUCAAUUUCUUGAUGACACUACAUCGGGCCUUGUGCUGGAUGCACUUUCUGAAUCACAUCCUAUUGAGGUUGAAAUAAAUCAUGCAAAUGAGAUUGAUGAAAUUUUUGAUUCGAUAAGCUAUGACAAAGGAGCCUCUAUUAUUCGAAUGUUGCAAAGUUACCUUGGUGCUGAAUGUUUUCAGAGAUCACUAGCUUCAUACAUAAAGAGAUUUGCCUACUCAAAUGCGAAGACUGAAGACCUGUGGGCUGUACUUGAAGAGGAGUCUGGUGAACCUGUGAAGGACUUAAUGAGUUCUUGGACAAAGCAAAAGGGAUAUCCCAUGAUAUAUGUAAGACUUAAAGAGCAUGAGUUGGAAUUUGAGCAGUCACAGUUUCUAACGGAUGGAUCAUCUGGUAAUGGACGGUGGAUUGUUCCUCUUACUUUAUGUUGUGGUUCAUAUAAUACUCAGAAAAAGUUUUUACUAAAAACAAAAUUCGAGAAGUUGGAUAUCACGGAUCUUAUUGGCUCUGCAAAUGGUAAGGCCAACUUGUCAGGGAAAAGCAGCCAAGGGAACUCUGAACGCUUUUGGAUCAAGUUUAACAUUGAUCAAACAGGCUUCUAUAGAGUGAAAUAUGACAAUGAACUUGCAGCUGGACUUAGAUAUGCAAUAGAAGCUAAUAAGCUGUCUGCAACAGAUAGAAUUGGCAUUUUAGAAGACUCAUAUGCACUAUGUGUGGCUUGCAAGCAAAUUUUGUCGUCUUUAUUGUCUUUGUUGGAUGCUUACCGGGAAGAGGUUGAUUAUACCGUGCUGGGGCACAUUGUCACUAUAAGUUGUAAGAUAGCAAAUAUUGUUGCUGAUGCCACUCCUGAAUUAGCAGAUGAGAUCAAAGUAUUUUUAAUCAUUCUUCUCCAAAAUUCUGCAGAAAAGUUAGGUUGGGACCCCAAGGAAGGUGAGAGCCACCUGGCAGUAAUGCUAAGAGGGGACCUUUUGACUGCUCUUGUUCUACUUGGGCAUGAUAUGACUAGAAAUGAAGCAGUGAGGCGUUUUUACAUCUUUUUAAAUGAUAGAAACACAUCACUGCUGCCUCCUGAUACAAGACAGGCUACAUAUAUUUCUGUAAUGCAGACUGUUAGUGUCUCAAAUAGAUCCGGAUAUGAAUCUCUUUUAAGAAUUUACAGGGAGACUGAUGAAAGUGAGGAAAGAGUGCGUGUUCUAAGUUCCUUGUCAUCUUGUCCGGAUCCAGAUAUUGUCCUUGAAGUCCUGAACUUUCUCUUGUCUUCUGAGGUUCGAAAUCAGGAUGCAGUUUAUGGACUUCGAGUUAGUAGGGAAGGACGUGAAACUGCGUGGAGAUGGUUGAAGGAAAACUGGGACUAUAUAUCGAAGACAUGGGAAUCUGCUUCCCUAAUUUCAGAUUUCAUCGAUUACGUUGUAUCACCGUUUUCCUCCAAGGAGAAGGCUGAGGAGAUAGAAGUAUUCUUUGCAAGCCGAACCAAACCUUCAUUUGCGAGAACAUUGAAGCAGAGUCUUGAGCGUGUAAGAAUCAAUGCAAGGUGGGUUCAGAGUAUUAGGAAUGAUUACUCACUUGAAGAGGUGGUGAAGGAGUUGGCACAGAAGAAAGAAUGACACAAAGCUGGAGGUUGAGCAGACUCCUUGCUGAUCAUGGUGUUGCAUGUUUUUGCAUGUUCCUGUCUGCUGAGCACUGAAGAAUAAAGAUGCUUUCUCUUCUGCACUCUAAUUAUUUGGAAUUCUGCAUCUUUAAAGCAGCUUGUGUGAUGGCUUGUCUUUGGAUGUUAUAAUGGAGGCUAGUUUUUCCAGUGAAUAAUAAACAUUAAUAUAUGAACUUCGUGAUAUUUUCAAUUUAUUGCAUGUUUGGUUGGAGGAAGUUGGGCUUUAGAAUGAGAAUAUGAAUGAGUGUUUUUUAUUCCAGCCAUUUGGUUGGAGGGAA